AUGCCUAUGAAGCACAUCGCUAAAGCUGAUGGUUACGACAAGCUUCCUGCUUCCGUCGGACCGACCUCGUACCUCGAGGAUCUGAUGUCAUCGUCUGCACCAGCAGAGUCCCAAAUCACGGCGGGUUUCUUCAAGCAGGUUUCUGGAGAACCAUUGGUUUACACCUAUACGUACGACGAAAUGAAGAUUGUGCUUGAUAUCAAGGGCACUGUUGAGAUCUCCGACGAGGAAGGUACCAAGGUGCUGCCAAAGAGAGGUGACGUGUUGUACUUCAAGAAAGGCUGCACCAUCACUUUCAAAGCUGUCGAGGAAGACGCUUACGGAUACUUCUGGUACUGCGGUCUUAAGACCUUCGGACAGUUGUAA